GUUACGUCACGGUGGGCGGAAGUCACUGCCGCUGUUUUGAAAUCCGGCCGCCGGAGUUCUUUAAGCCACAGUUCACGCCGAGGCCGGCAACAUCAAACACCCAGAGGGUCCUCCUGACGUUCCUUCUGUGGCCCCGCGGCUCUGAGGCCGUAGUUGCGCCAUGUCCACCCCUCCGUUGGCUGCGUCCGGGAUGGCGCCCGGGCCCUUCGCCGGGCCCCAGGCCCAGCAAGCCGCCAGGGAGGUCAACACGGCCUCGCUCUGCCGGAUCGGGCAGGAGACGGUCCAGGACAUCGUGUACCGCACCAUGGAGAUCUUCCAGCUUCUGAGGAACAUGCAGCUCCCGAAUGGUGUCACGUACCACACUGGAACAUAUCAAGAUCGGCUGGCGAAGCUCCAGGAUCAUCUUCGCCAGCUCUCCAUUCUGUUCCGGAAGCUGCGCUUGGUCUAUGACAAAUGCAAUGAAAACUGCGGGGGGAUGGACCCCAUUCCAGUGGAGCAACUUAUCCCAUACGUGGAAGAAGAUGGCUCGAAGAACGAUGACCGGGCUGGCCCGCCUCGUUUUGCCAGUGAGGAGAGGCGAGAAAUUGCUGAAGUGAAUAAAAAUUCCAGCUUUCUAGUUUAUGGCAGGUGCGUUUGGAGCGGCCAGUGAUAAAAACUGACAAACGGGAAGUGUGAACGUCUCAACACUUGAGUAGGAAAUGAAGAGUUAUCAUCAAAGCAUUACCCUGUCUCCUCCAGGAAGAGUUCUGAACUUGAAUGUAUUUAUUGCUGAUACCUUCAGAAGUUCAGAAGAUAAUCAGAUAGUUCUCAUGAAAUAUAUAUGGAGAAAUAAGGAAACUUGUCUGUUCUUUCUGUGAUACAAACAUGGCCCAAGCAUACCAGAACCUACCCAGUAGCACAAUAAAUAAAACUACCCAUCUCACACUUUCAUACACGUAUCCCCCGAUCCCACUCCUGAAAUUUUAUUUCCAGUUAAUGGAAUGAAGCAAGGUAUUAAUGCAUCACAAAGAGGACUUUUUGAGUCAUACGAGGAUAUAUCUAAUAUGUAAUGUCAGCAGGCUAAAUUGAAAAAAAUUUUUUUCUCUAAUCUAAAAGGCAUUUGAUAAAAUUCAAAUGUUGAUUUAAAGAAAACUUGAUGGUAUCUUUUCUUUUUAAGGCUUUUUCUUUCAGAUGAAUGUCCAGGAUUUUUCAUAAUUUUCCAGGCAUAAAAUAAGGUGUCCUACAUGACUAUAUUUAGUAUUUUAGAAGUUACAGAUAAUACAAAAAGAAACAAACUUUGGAAACGGGUUAUAAUAUAUACAAGCUUACUAAGUUUGUUAAGCUUAUAUUUAUAUUAUAUAUCAAGCUUGUUAAGCAAAAAGAAACUCGGUAAACAGCUGCAGUCAAUAAGUUCAUUAAAAAGGCUUAAUAAAAGAUACUACCAUCCUCUUAUAUUGAUUAAACCAAAUAAAGAUCCUAUUCAUAAUUGUAACAACAAAUAUUAGUAAUUAGGAUUUAUCUCAAUAUGUACGAUUACACUUAUUAAGAUACAUAAAGAAGUUUUGAAUAAUUAGAAGAACAUACUGAGUUCUUCUGUGGCCAAUCCAUAAUUUUAACAGGCCCGUCUUGAUCAUAGUCAAACCUCAGUUCUCGAACACUGCGCUUGUCCUCCAGUCACUCACAGACACCAUUCCCCGGUUGCUGAACCAAACUUCAGUCCUUGAUUCUCAGCCCGACCACCCUUUAAUGCUGCUAGCUGUAUGCUCAGUCAUACCUCUCUCGGGUGACAAGGGAGAUUUGGUCUUUGAACCAAAAGACCAAACAUUGCUUCUCGCACAGUUUUCCAGAAUGAAUUAAGUUUGAGAACUGAGGUGCCACUGAAUUUCACAGUUUUAGUGUAGUCAAAAUCCAAAUCCAAAUAGGUAUUCUCUUAAAAGUACACAAAAAUAAGAAAAUAAGACUUAAGUGUAAUACCAGUCAAAAACCAAAUUGAAACGCAAUCUAGAUGGAAAUCUUUUCUUCAGAAUGUACUAAAUAUCAAAGAAAAUACUGGUAAGAGUAAUACAUCAACACUGCUCACAUUAAAAAUUAAAAUGUAAUAUGAAGCAUAAUAAAAAAACAGUAAGUGUGAAAUACUGGAACAAGAAUAGACAGAUUAGUAAGAUAAUAGCCAGGAAAGUAAUCUUCUCAUUGUGUAUGAGAAUUUAAUAUGACGGAAGAGGGAUUUGGUGGAAAAUUGGUCUUUAAGAGUAGAAGCUUUGGGAAGAAAUUAACCUAGCUUUUAUAUUACACCAGAUGUUGAGAUGAAUUUCAGAGUAGAAAAUAAGACCUGCAAAAUAAAAUAUUGGAAAGUUGAAAAAAGAUGUAUCACAGUAUCAAAACUAAGGAGAAAGGAAAAAGAUGGAUAGAUUUUAUAAAGUAAAGGUUUAUAAUUUUUUUAAAAAGGAGAAAUGCAAAUUGAGAAGGCUAUUUCCAGCAAAUUUGGCAGUAAGGAAUGAUCAUUGAAAGCUCACAGCAGAUAACUGGUAGGGGAUACAGGGGAUGGGCAACUUAAUUUAGAUCACGAGUAGAAACUGUGUUUGGUAGUCCAGAGGUGAGGCAGCAUUUACUAGGGAGUGUUAUAUUUCUAUUGAUAAUCUAUGUAUUGAUUCACAAUAGAUGUGUUCUCUUUCCUUUUCCUCUGUAAUAGGAUAUUUUUGUAAAACACAUUGAAAUAUAUAUAAGUAAAGUACCAUCGUAACAUUAACUAGAAUAUCAGAGUGCCAGAUAAUGUGACAUUUAGUUCUCUGCCAGAAAGGAUCUUAUGACAUGAAAAAUAAGUAUAAAUUCAGAAAGUAUACCUUGUGUAAAUUCAGAAAGCUGUAAUUUUCUACUAUAUGUUUCAUUUCGCUUUUCAUUUCUUUAAGUUCCUCUUUUUAAUCCAGUUUGAUGGCUUAGAAAUAAGUGACUCUGGACUUUUUUAAAAAGACCUUUCAUAUGAUGGGAAUAUGGUGAUACUUUGAGUGUGUGAUCAAAAAUAUCUUACUACCAAAAACUAUUAAAAACAGUAGGCACAGUAAAGUUGCAGGAUAUAAAAUCAAUAUACAAAAAGCUGUUGGGUUUCUGUAUACUCAUAAUGAAAUGUCAGAAAUGAAGAAAAUAGUCUCAUUUAUAGCAAUGACUAAAAAGAAUAAAAUACCCAGGAAUAAACUUGAGGGAAGGACUUGUAUACACGGAAAACUAGAAAACACUGUUGAAAGAAACCAGAAAUGGAAAGAUAGUCUGCACAGCGUGGGGGUGACUGGAGGGCAAAUGGGGGGAAACAGGGACAUCUGGAAUAGUUUCAACAAUAAUAAAGUAACUAAAUAAGUGUAUUCUGCAUUAAUGAAUUGGAAGAAUUGUUAAAAUAUCCAUAUUACCCAAAGCAAUCUAUAUUUAAUACAAUUCCUAUCAAUAUCCCAAUGGCACUUUUCACAGAAAUAGAACAGAAAGUCCUCAAAUUUAUACAGAACCACAAAAGACCCUAACUGCCAAAGCAAUGCUAAGAAAAAAAGAAUAAAGCCAGAAUUAAUCAAACUUCCUGACUUAAGACUAUAUACCACAAAGCUAAUCAAAACACUAUGGUUGGCAGGAAAAGGACAUGUAGACCAAUGGAAUAGAAAUGAGAGCCCAGCAAUAAACCCGCUUUUAUUUGGACAACUAAGUUUUGACAGAGAGGCCAGGAAUGUGUAAUGGAGAAAGGAAAGUGUUUUCAAUAAAUGUUGUUGGGAAUGAAUAUUGGACAGCCACAUGCCAAAGAAUGAAACUGGAUUAUCUUACACUGUAUACAAAAUUUAACUGAAAAUGGAUUAAAAACUUGAAUGGAAGACCUGAAGUAAUAAAAUAUAUAGAAGAAAACAUAGGCACUAACUUUUGGAUCUUAAUCUCAGAGGAGCUUUUGUGUACUUGACCCCAAAGACAAGGGAAGUAGAUGCAAAAAUGAAGGAGUGGGGCUACAGCACAUGAACAGGCCUCCUUUCUCACUCCACGGAGACCUGCUCUGGGCCGAGUGUGGGCGUCUCUCCCGGGACCCCGCAGGUGUGCUCUCUGCCACUUGUCCCCUUUCACAUACUCACUUCCUGAUGUGGUAUUUCCGAAAACAAAACUGUUGGGCCAUAUUAAUAUAUUGGCAUUUUUGCUUGUAUUAAGUGGAUAAGUUGCUUAAUGGACCUGUAAAACCAGUAAUAAAAUUAUAUUCCUGACAUUCUUAAAAACAUUUAGAAUUUUAUUACAGCAUAUAUUUUCUUUUUAUUUCAAAUAAGUGUCAUUAAGUAAGUGGUUUUACAUAUCCCUCAGUUGGCCCUCAUUUGGUCAUUUUCAGAAUAUUACUGUAUUGUUGUGUUCUUGAAACUGUAUGAAAGACACUGAUGGGCAUGUUUACUGCUGAGGCUGCGUGAUACGUGGGUUUCUAACCAACUGUGCGGUCCCAGAAUGCCAUGCACCUUUGGAGCACGAAGUGUAUAAUUGGUAUUUGAUGUAAAUCAUCAGAAGAUAGAGUGGCUCAGUGUCAGUCAUCAGGGUUUUGGCUCAUUUAAGUAUUUUUCUUAUUCUGGAAUCCAUAAGCCCUGAUACCCAAGUAAAGAAUGAACACUUGUUUGAGACUAUUGUAUAUGUUUUAAGCACAUCAGAAUGAGUUCUGUUGUGCUUAAAACUAUUCUGUUGAUGGUAAAAUGAAAUUGAAAGAUAACGUGGGUAGUUUUUCUCAGGUUUGAAAUAUAACUCAGUCCAUGCAUUUAGAAAUUAAAACAUUUUUGACCAGUUGUCACAGACUUUAUAUGAAUAUUAAGUUACAUGCCAUGAUUUGGCAUAAACCUAUUUUUUAAAGUAUUACUCUGCUUACACAUUCACCUGUUAAUGUAACAAAUGAGGCACAGCUGAUGGAUUUGGAUCAUAAAAGCAGCUGUCAGCCUCUGUUAAAAUCAAUCAGUGGCAAGACUAUAUAUUAAAUUCUGUAUCAUGUCAUGAAAAUUCAUUUACAACUUAACCACUAAUAAACAGAACUGUCAGCUUUCCUGUUGAUAGUUUCAUGAUGUGUUUUUGCUCUGGAUAGUUUACAUGUAUGCUAAUUUUUUUAAUUUAAAACUUUGUGGCAUCUGUCAUCGCAAGCACCAAGGUUGCAGGUCACUCCCCAGUCAGGGCACAUACAAGAAACAACCAGUGAAUGAAUAAAUAAGUAAAAACAAAUCAUUGUUUCUCUUUCUCUUCCUUCCUCUCUCAAAAUUAAUCAAUUAAAAAAAACCCCACAAAACUUUGUGGCAUCUUUGAGAAACUAUUCAAGUGCCUUACAACACAGAGUGGGACAAAAGUAGAUUUAUAAUUGUGAGUACUUGAGACAGUUUAUUCUUAAUAUUAUUUAUUGAUUAUUGUAUUAUUUUCCAUAUGAACUGUAAACCUAUUUUCACCCACUCUGUAUAUCAUACUUUUAAAAACUUAUUUUUAUUACUGCCUAUAGUUGAGUAUUACCAUGAAAAUAUCCUACAUUCUUUUUAGUUGUCA